UUCUUCGCCCGAUACCCCGACUUCAAAUAUCAGAAGGGUGCUUCGCUCCCACUCGAAUUCCGGCGGCUUGGAGAGGAGUCGGAUUGGAAGAAGCAGCAAGAGAAAGAGGCCAAGCGCCACUUACGAGACGCGAUGGUGAAACAAUUCAACACCACUUAUGGGCGCGACGCAUCAAACCUGGCAUCGUGGCAGCUCUUGUGCAGCAUGAUCAGUGACGAGCCCCCUCCCAAUACCGUGAAUAAAUGUCGAAAGAUCAUUGAUAGCACGCACGUCAACUUGGUCGAUUUCAUCGACGGGCUACCCGGCCCAUUCAAAGUGCGAACGUUUCCGUCGGUCGGCGACCUCGCUAAAUACACCCAUGCCAACGAAAAGUACUUCCCAAAGGAGAACGCUCAUGCCGGAAGCCUGCUCAAACAGCUGCUUCGCAAGAUUGGCAGGCGACAGUGA